AUGGCCAAGACAAUGGAAGCGUCAUCUUCUCCCAAGGUAGGGAACAGGAUGUUUCCACUGAAACUCCUGCUUGGUCUGGUGUUCGUGGGGUGGCUAAUGAUGUGGGUUGUGGUGCCCACAAGAACCUACAGGAAGACCUGGCAACCUAAGCUUCUCUCAGAAACCAACUCUACUUGGUUUGGAAGACAAGGGACCACCAUAUUGAUCUUUACAUUCCCCAUACUCUUUAUUGCUGCUGUUGGUUGCAUCUGCCUUCACUUGGAGCAGAAAAGUGGGAAUGCACACAGCGGUAGCUUAAGACGUCGCUUGGAGGCAUGGCGUAAGCCAGUGCUCGUUAAGGGGCCUCUGGGAAUCGUUUCGGCGAUAGAGCUAGCCUUCUGCCUGAAAUUUCUGGCACUCCUCAUCUGGGCCUUCUCCAACUAUGUGAGUGUCGGCCUUGCCAACCUCAAGGCUGAGGGUGCGGAAUCGUGGCAGGCUAAGCUGGGAACUGUAGGUGUGAUGCUCGGACUGGUUGGGAAUAUCUGCUGUGCUUUCCUCUUCUUCCCCGUAGCGCGAGGGUCCUCUCUGUUGCCACUCGUUGGCCUUACAUCCGAGGCCAGCAUCAGGUACCACGUAUGGCUUGGACACAUCGUCAUGGUUCUCUUCACAGCCCAUGGUGUUUGUUUUGUCAUCUUAUGGGUGGUCAGCAAUCGCUUAUCUGAGAUGCUGAAAUGGGACAAUGUUGGAGAAUCAAAUUUGGCAGGAGAAAUAGCUCUGCUAUCUGGACUGCUCAUGUGGGCAACAACUUUCCCUCGCAUUCGACGCAAGAUGUUCGAGCUCUUCUUCUACACUCAUCAGCUCUACAUCCUCUUCCUCAUCUUCUACGUAUUUCACGUUGGGAUCUCCUUUUUCUGCUAUAUUCUUCCCGGUGUCUACCUCUUCAUGGUGGACCGAUACUUGCGAUUUUUACAAUCACGGAACAAGGUCAGGUUGGUUUCUGCACGCCUCCUACCAUCUGAAACGGUAGAGCUUAACUUCGCCAAGAGCCCAGGAUUUAGCUAUAACCCAUUGAGCAUAGUAUUUGUACAUGUUCCAAGUAUUUCAUCACUUCAAUGGCACCCUUUCACUGUGAGCUCCAACAGCAACUUGGAACCAGAUACACUCAGUGUCAUCAUCAAGAAAGAAGGAAGCUGGACCCACAAACUGUAUCAGACACUCUCUUCACCCACUCCUCUCGACCGCCUAGGUGUCUCGGUUGAAGGCCCAUACGGUCCUACUUCGAUGAACUUCCUGAGGUACGAUUCGUUAGUGAUGGUGAGUGGUGGCAGUGGAAUUACCCCCUUUGUAUCCAUAAUUAGAGAGCUCAUAUAUCGGAGCACAACUCUUGACAGUCCGAUACCGAGUGUUUACCUGAUUUGUGCCUUCAAGACAUCCGCUGAUCUCACGAUGCUUGAUCUCCUCCUCCCUAUCUCUAGCAAUGCCUCUGACCUUUCCCGCCUGCAGCUACGGAUAGAGGCCUUCAUCACAAGAGAGAAACUUCCUGCUUCUGAUGCUCAUAAGCAUAUCCAAACAGUUUGCUUCAAGCCAUUCUCUUCAGACCUGCCCGUUGCCCCCGUUCUUGGGCCCAACGGAUGGCUUUGGUUGGGUGCAAUAAUCUCAUCUUCUUUUGUUGCCUUUCUUGUGCUCAUGGGCAUCCUGACCCGUUACUACAUAUAUCCAAUCGAUCAUAAUACCGGUAGAGUAUUCUCCUAUGCUGCAAGGUCCUCCUUAAACAUGUUGCUCAUAUGUGCCUGCAUAGCUAUCACAGCUAGUGCAGCCGUUUUGUGGAACAAGAGAAGAAGCACUGUGGAGGCAAAGAAAAUUCAGAAUAUGGAUGCAUCAAUGUCGGGUACACCUAGCUCGUACUUUUAUAAUGGAGAUCGAGAGCUGGAGAGUGUCCCUCAGGAGUCCAUUGUCAAAGCUACCAGGCUGCACUAUGGGGAAAGGCCUAAUGUCAAGAAGAUGCUGUCGGAGCUUGAUGGCUCGAACAUCGGAGUCAUGGCGAGUGGCCCGAGUGCGCUGCGUCACGAUGUUGCUGCUGUGUGUUCAUCAGGUCUUGCUAAAAAUUUGCACUUCGAGUCCAUCAGCUUUAGCUGGUGA